CUCCUUCAUAGGAGAAGAGGUCUUCAGGGAAAGGGGGACUAGGACUUCUUCACCUACUGUGGAAUAACCUACCAAAAAAUAACAAUCAUAAGGAAGAAACUUUUUGGAAAAGUAUAGAAAGAACCAUCAAUAAGCUUUGGAAAACAUUGAGACGAAAUUGUGGAAUACCAACUACAACAAGCAUCACAUUCUGGAGAAGAAGAAUUUCUGUCCUUGCCAAAUUCGUCCAACAAAUUCUGAAUAUUCUGCAGCUACCUGGUGUCGCGAGGCAAAUAGAGCCGAGCUGAGUGGACUUAGUGAGGGAUAAGAGUAGGAUGAGUGAGAGGCCUUGCAAGGGUAUGGGGGAGGUAUGAGGAGGCAAACCAAGUGAGGAACCAGAAACCUGCUUUCAAUGUGAACCCCCAGCACCAUGCUCCUGCCAACCUGGCACAAGAGGACCCGGACCACAGCAAGACACACCCUCCUGCUCACAUUAUUCUUUGUUUUCUUCAUCCACCAGGUAACAGGUUCAGUGCUUGAGAGUCUGAUAGCCCAACGGAAUGAAUACUGGGAGAACUGCAACAGAACUCUUACAACAAGCGCACCCUCAGAAGCUGGAAUCUACUGUAAAGGAACGUUUGACACUUUUGUGUGUUGGCCCCACUCUUCUCCGGGGAAUGUGUCGGUCCCCUGUCCUUCUUACUUACCAUGGAUCAACGAGGACACCUCAAGGAGGGCAUACCGAGAAUGUUUGGAAAAUGGGAGAUGGCGACGGAGGGAGAAUUCCUCCGAGCCCUGGAGGGAUGAGUCAAAUUGUAAGGACGACAUAUACUUCAAAGACAAGGAGGAAGAAAUGGUUCGGCAGACAGCCCUCAGGCUCAUCUCUGUGAUUGGCUACUCCCUGUCCCUGUCCUCUCUCACCCUGGCGACUCUCCUGAUGGGCGUGCUGAGGAAGCUCCACUGUACCAGGAACUACAUUCACAUGAAUCUGUUUGUGUCAUUCAUCCUGAGAGCCAUGGCCGUCAUCUCUAAGGAAAUCACAUUAUACAUCAUGUAUUCCAAGCUACCCAAGGACGACCCCGGGUGGAACUCCUACUCAAGCUCUGCGAUAGCGUUGAUGUGUAAGUUCUCCAAAGUGUGCAUGGAAUACUUUGUGGCCUGUAACUACUUCUGGCUGCUGGUGGAGGCCGUUUUCCUCCACACACUCCUCUUUACAGCUGUACUGACCAAGAGACGUCUCUUGAAGAAAUACAUGCUGCUAGGAUGGGGAACACCUAUUUUGUUCGUAACACCAUGGACCGUUAUCAAGAUUAUUUAUGAAAACACAGAAUGCUGGUCAAUUGUGAACAGAUGGUUCUGGUGGAUAAUAAAGGGACCAAUUACAUUAUCAGUACUGGUAAUCUUUUUCAUAUUCAUCAAGAUUCUGAUGCUGCUGCUGUCCAAGCUGAAAGCAGAUCAGGUGAAAUUUACAGACUACAGAUACAGCUUGGUCAGAGCAACACUGGUACUUAUUCCUCUGCUGGGGAUCCAUGAGGUGGUCUUCACUGUGCUGAUAGACGAAUGUGUUGAGGGCAGCAGUCGUUACGCCAGGAACUUCAUCAACCUCAUCCUCAGCUCCUUUCAGGGUUUUCUGGUUGCUGUGCUGUACUGUUUUGCUAAUGGAGAGGUCCAAGCUGAACUGAAGAAGCGCUGGCAGCUUUUCCUUUUCACCAACCACUUCCAGGUCAGGAGCUGUUUCCAGAGUGUGCCACUUAAGCACCUGUGGAAAUGCACUCGAGGGCGCCGCCCACAGGGCUCGCGACAGAGCGACUCCUACGACGACGGCGGCACCUCCACAACCCAUCCACACAUGCUCCAGGUGGCUGUGAAAGGAAGAGGUGGGAGGCAUGGACCUGGAGAGGUUCACGGUCAGGGGCUGAUGGGCUGUGACGCAACAGGACUGGACUUUCUGACCCUCACCAGGAAAAGCCUGUCCAGUAGUGAAGGAGAGAUGACGCAUGGGGAGACCAUGGAGGAGAUUCUGGAGGAAAGUGAGUUCUGAUCCACUUUAGUGUGUUGGUUUACACAUGACAUGGACAGGUUACGGAUAAACACCUGAUAAACAGUGAGAAAAAAGUAUUUUAAAAAAAUCUUCCAAAACUACCCCCCAAAGCCUGAGGCUUAUUAUUUUAUGUGUCAGUUUGUUUGUUGUAAUUUGAUUUAUUGCAACUUAGAUCAAAUUAAGUGCUUGUUUCUAUACGCCUAACAUAAACCAAGUAGGGUCUUUUAGGCAUGUCCUUUAGAUUCAAUCUGUGUUCAAAUGUAGACCUUCAAUAAUUCUUUACAUUACAUAACAUGUAUAUAUUCCAAAUAAAAUUGCCCCUUAUAAUCGACACAAAGAGUCGUGUUGGUUUCACCAGAAAGUCCUUGUUAAAUAGGUGGUGAUUUAGUGCAUGGUUACUACUAAUGCAAUCCUUUGACAUGUUAUUGGAUUGAACCAUUGUAUUUAUCAUUUCAUCUGAGGGUCAUCUCCUGGCUUACUCAUUAGCUUAUGGGACAUAUCACAUUAGCAUUGUAGUUAUUUGAGAAAUGCAUUGUACCAUCAUCAACUUAAACAAAAAAAAUGUCAACAGAGGAGGGUUAGGGUAAAUUAAAUGGAUGAUGCCAAACUGGUAAAAAGCUCUGAUACCUUUGUCCAUUUUGGACUCUGCGGUUGUGUUAAAGUUCAGCAUUUUUUGGGACAUUUGCAUCAGUCCGAGGCACAAAUGUUUGUUUCAAAGUGUAUCAAUUUUAUACAAAACAUUAUAUCUCCUCAGCAAAUUCACUGAUUAAUUUGACUGUUCAUUUGACUGUUUUAUCAUAAUCUGCCACUAGUAAUAAAUGAGUUGGUCUCUGUGAAAAUACUGAAGUUGCCAUGAGCAGUUUACUUUGCACGCUAUACUUAAAGGCCCUAUAAAGUGAUAUUAAGACUUUCUUUAUGUAUUUCCUGUUUUGAACAUGACUUAAGAAUCAAUUUUGAGCAUAAGUGUUUGAUUUAGGACGGGCAGGAAGAUUAGAAAUAUUGUGAUUGUUGAAGAAUUUGUGAUUACUUUAUAAAUGGGAUUGUUAGUUAGGUACGCCCACUACCUGUGAAUGCCUUAUUUGUACAUACAGUAAACCUCAUAUACAAAAGCAGUGUUAAGCAAUUUUUACACAGAUUUGUGUUUUAAUGAUCAGGUUAUCUCUUACUAUGUCAGGUCAUUUAUAAAUAUCCAUAUGACACAACGUCUGGAAUGAAAUGUGCAUAUAAAUACAAUGUAUUUGUUGUCUGAAUGUGAAUAAUGCAGAUAAUGCUCUAUGUGCAGCACGUUUUACAGUUUUCUAUUCUUAUGAAGCUUAAAAUGUAUUAAAGGAAUGUAUGUACACAAAUUAAACAACAGUUAAAUGUUA